AUGCUCUCGCUUGCCCCAGAGCUCGUCCUUCAAAUCCUUGAAGAGGCCUACUGGUCUCAGUUUGGGGCCUAUACUCUUUCACAAGCUGCUCUUGUCUGUAGCUCGUGGAGGUCUCUAUCCCAAGAGGUUUUAUUUCGCAAUGUAGACCUCACGCGCACCCCCGAGUCACGAGCAUCAGCGGCUCGUGCUGCACCGGGCAUUCGCUUGGCUGCAUCUGGUCCCUCGCAUGCAGUCAGAGACACCAAGGCUCAGCCUGUGUCCGAGGCCCGCGCCUCUCGCCUUCGCCUGCUCGCCGCGCUUGCUCCUCCCUCUGCGCCCACUCCUCGCUCCCAACGGGCCACUAUGUCCUUUUUCAACGCAAUCCAGAUGUACUCAGCAACUCCAUCCAAUCAUGCUGCGCGUUUAUCGUCACUUGUCCGCUCUGUACAUGUCGUGGUCUCCCGAUCUGACGACUGCCAAUGCGGAGGCGUUCAUCUCGGAGGAAUUUGUCCCAAGCCUUGUUCGGCAGCAUCGCCAUCGCCUUGCGGCGCCAUCACUGAACGAGAUCUGGCUUCAUUGCUCCAAAGACUACCACGCCUGCAAAGUGUUCACAUUAUUCUCGAUCGCAUUACCUCUUUUUCACCGUUGUUCAUCGAUACCCUCCAUUCCAACUCCACCAUCACGACGCUCAGCAUUCACGUACGGAAACGGUGGCACUCGCGUACUCUCGCCCCUAACUCCCUCAACAAUGCGAUCCAGGGAUCUGGUAUUACUCCAGCCAACUCGGUCGCCGAUGAAAGUUCGGAUGUGGCCGUUUUCCAGCUUAUCCACGCCCUAGCGCCCAACCUGGAUGUGCUGGCCCUCGAAGGGGAACUUCCGCGUGAUCCUCCCGCUGACCCAUCCGUCCCCACGAUCCACGAUCGUCGACCAUCUUUGAUGCAUUCAUUGGACUCUGACGAGGUCACAACCGAACCCGCCCCAGAGUGUUCGCUUCGUGAGUUGAUCUGGCGUGGUAAACUCCCACCAUCUCCCGCACUUCUCGCUUGGUUGCUGAGCGCCAAAGCAAAGGGAGCCUCUGCCAUCAGAAAACGAUCGAGAUUGGAGGUUUUAGAGUUGUGCCAUCUUCCCCCACCAGAUGCGCUUGCGGAGCUGCUGCGAGAGCACGUCUCAACCCUUCAGUCGCUAAGGCUCCACUAUUUCGAGGCCGCUCACGUAGAUGUAGUUCGGCAGCUUUUAGGACGGGGUUCUCCGGCUACCCCAGCUUUAGGGGCUCGAAAACAAAGCGCUUUCCCUUCAAAGGGAAGGUUGCGCGAACUUGUGCUCCAUAAGCAGUGCUCGGUUGCUCCAGACAUCCUCCGUGCUAUUCAGGCACAGCACGUUGCCGUAAACCAGCCUUGCAAUAAGACUAUACAAGUGCUCCAAGGAUCCAGCGAGCAUGGUUUCAAGCGGGUUACUAUUGCGGGGGGUAAUGAGGAGGCUAGCGAACGAGUGCGCUUGGCAUGCGAGGCAGACGGUGUCGCAUUCCGGAGUGUUCGUGCGCUGGCGCCAGUUUGGUAA